GAGAGACCAAAGCUCAAUUCAAUCCGACACACACUCAUUAGGUCCUCCCUCUGUGAAACUUGGGGUCUUUGACCCGUGCUUCAGCCUGCAACCUCCAGGGCGGGGACUCCGAGUCGGUCCCUCACAUCUGGCUUGGGACCCCGCGCCAGCUGCAAACGGGGAGGGAACAGGCUCAGGGCGAGGCAGCGGGGUGCGGUUGGAGAUGGACGGGGAAGACCUGGAUUCACUUGACUACCAUGCGGAUGGUAGCCGGACAAACCUCUUGGAGGAGCUCUCUCUGGGUCUCAUUUUCUUUAUGUUUAACAAGAGGGGGAGGGAGGCCCCUUCAUCUCUAGAUUUGUAAUGGUAAUAAAGGCAGAGGUGCGAGGGGAGGGGAAGGUGGGGACUCAGGAGGGCGGUGGGGUUGCCCGCGGUGGAAGUUGGAGAGUGAGGUUUCCCUGUGUUCUGAAGUGGGCCACGUUUGCUCGGCGAAGGCCGGACGGCUGUGUGUGCUGGGGAGGAUGAUGGUCGGGACCGUGGUUGAGGCGGGGCAGAGGCUCUGGCGGGAGGCAGCGCGUUGUAGGGGAAGGCCUUUGGUCUGGGGACUGGGAAGACCUAAGUCUGGGACACUUCCCAGCCAUGUGCCGUUCCUCCCCUCCCCUCCGUCACGUUCGCGUCUGGGGGAGGGGCACCACAAUGCUCCCUGCUCCGCGGGUGUGAGGGUGGUGUUUGUUAAUUGUAAGGGACCUCGGGUAACAGGAGUUACAGUGGCUUUGGCUGGGAACACCCUGAAGUUGACUUUGGGAAGCUUUGGGGUGCCUAGCUCUUGAAAAGCGCGCAGGCGACAGUAAGGCUCUCUGAGGCGUCUUCUGGGAUGUUAGGGGAAAAUGGUGGACUUGGUUGGGGGAAGGAUUCUUUAAUAUAGGAAUUCGAGUAGUUGCCGGACACUUAUACUGUGAGCACCGAGACUAGGCACCCGCGCCGAUCCUAGUAGAAGGAGACGCACUUCCGUUUCUAGGCUGUGGAAGGCUAGGGGCGGGCUAAGAGGACGAUAUCCGGCUGGGAAGCGGCUUCGGAGCAGCGGUCGCGCUUCCGGCGAAGCGCUUCCGGCGGCGGUGGCGGCGGCGGCGGUGGUUCCGGGUGCCUUUGUCCCCCGGUGUCGCGACCCCGGGCCCACAGGUUUUUUCCAAGACCCAGUAAAAGACACCAGCAUUCUCAAUGUCUCAGUUCAAGCGCCAGCGGGUCAACCCCCUACCAGGAGGACGAAACUUCUCAGGCUCCACAUCCACAUCUCUCCUGGGUCCACCACCUGGUUUGCUCACCCCUCCUGUAGCCACAGAAUUGUCUCAGAAUGCCAGGCACCUUCAGGGUGGAGAGAAACAACGUGUCUUUACUGGCAUUGUGACCAGCUUGCAUGACUACUUUGGGGUAGUUGAUGAGGAAGUCUUCUUUCAAUUGAGUGUGGUGAAGGGCAGGCUGCCCCAAUUGGGUGAGAAGGUGCUGGUAAAGGCUGCAUACAAUCCUGGCCAGGCAGUGCCCUGGAAUGCUGUCAAGGUUCAGACACUCUCCAAUCAGCCUCUGCUGAAGUCCCCAGCACCUCCCCUUCUACAUGUGGCAGCACUGGGUCAGAAACAAGGCAUUCUGGGGGCCCAGCCCCAGUUGAUCUUUCAGCCACAUCGGAUUCCCCCACUCUUCCCUCAGAAGCCGCUGAGUCUCUUCCAAACAUCCCCAACCUUGCAUCUGAGCCAUCUGAGCAGGUUUCCUGCUCGGGGUCCUCAUAGCCGACUGGAUCAGGGUCGAAGUGAUGACUAUGACUCCAAAAAACGCAAACAGAGGGCAGGUGGGGAGCCUUGGGGUGUUAAGAAGCCAAGACAUGACUUACCCCCUUAUCGGGUCCAUCUUACUCCCUAUACUGUGGACAGCCCCUCCUGUGACUUCUUGGAACUCCAGCGCCGUUACCGUAGUCUCCUAGUACCCCCAGACUUCUUAGCUGUGCAUCUGAGCUGGCUGUCUGCCUUCCCUCUGAGCCAGCCCUUUUCCCUACAUCAUCCAAGUCGAAUUCAGGUAUCAUCAGAGAAGGAACAAGGGCCAAGUGCUAACUCUGAGUCCACUCCAUCAGAUUCUGACAUGACUUAUAGUGCUAAGGUACUUUUGCUGUCCUCUCCGGGACUAGAAGAAUUAUAUCGUUGCUGCAUGCUGUUUGUGGAAGAUAUGGCUGAGCCAAGGGAGAAUCCAGAACAUCCUUUGAAGCAAAUUAAGUUCUUGCUGAGGAGGAAGGAAGAUGAGACUGUGAUGGUUGGGGGUGAGUGGUCACCCUCUCUAGAUGGUCCUGACCCAAAGGCUGAUCCCCAGGUAUUGGUCCGAACUGCUAUCCGCUGUGCCCGAGCUCAGACAGGCAUUGAUUUGAGCAAUUGCACAAAGUGGUGGCGCAUUGCUGAGUUCCAGUACGUACAGCUGGGACCUCCUCGGCGGCAGCGAACUGUAGUGGUGUAUCUCCCAGACAUCUGGACUCUCAUGCCCUCCCUGGAGGAGUGGGAGACUCUGUGCCAGCAGAAAGCGACUGAGGCGGCUGCCCCGCCCCAGGAGGCUCCAAUGGAAGCUGAGGCUUCUGUAGAGGAAACAGAUUCUUCUGAACUUGCAACGACAGAGGCUUCUGAGCAAGACACGGAGAACCCUGAACUCAGCCUGCAGCAGGAAAUGGAUCCUUCUCUCCCAGAGGCCCCUCCCCCUCCUCUGGAGCCUGUCAUAGUAGCCCAGCCUGGCUGUACUAACCUUUCCCUCCACGCCAUUGUGGAGGAUCGUCGGCCAAGAGACAAGAUUUCAUUUGAGGUAAUGGUGUUGGCAGCACUGUUUCAGGAGAUGCUUCAGCGAGACUUUGGGUACAAAAUCUAUAAGAUGUUGCUAAGCUUGCCUGAAAAAGAGGUGCCCCCCCCAGAGACAGAAAAGGAGGAAGCAGCCAAGGACGAGGCAGCCAAGGAGGAAGUGGCCAAAGAGGCCAAGGACGAAGCCCAGAACGAGGGAACUUCCACGGAGCCAGAGACCCUGUUGAGUCCCUCUCAAAAGGAGGAUGGGCUUCUGCCUAAGCCUCCAGCCUCUGCUGAGGAGGAGGAGGAGAAGGGCCGGGGUGAAGCAUCUGAGGACCUUUGUGAGUUGAGCUUGGAUGCAGAACUGUUGCUGCUGAGGGAAGAUGUGGAAGAAGAUUUUGCAGGGGCAAAGCUAGAAGAUGCUGAGGUACGGUCUGUUGCCUCAAACCAAUCAGAGAUGGAAUUCUCCUCACUCCAAGACAUGCCCAAGGAGCUAGAUCCCUCAGCUGUGUUGUCCCUGGACUGUCUUCUUGCUUUUGUGUUCUUUGAUGCCAACUGGUGUGGCUACCUUCACCGACGGGACCUGGAGAGGAUCCUCCUCACUCUGGGACUUCGGCUCACUGCAGAGCAGGCCAAAAAGCUGGUUAGCCGGGUGGUAAGCCAGAACAUCUGUCAGUACCGGAGCCUCCAGUACAGUCGUCAAGAAGGCCUGGAUGGAGGACUCCCUGAGGAGGCGCUGUUUGGAAAUUUGGAUCUGUUGCCACCUUCCUCUGGGGAAAGCACAAAGCCAAGCACCCCUCAGGUGGAACACAAGGGUCUCGUGUCUCAUAAUGGCAGCCUGAUUCAUGUGGGAAACCUACUGCAGCGGGCAGAGCAGCAGGACAGUGGGCGGCUUUACCUGGAGAACAAGAUCCACACACUGGAACUGAAGCUGGAGGAGACCCAUAGCCGCUUCUCCACCACGGAGGCCGCCAAUAAGACAUUGACAGCAGAUAUGCAGGAACUUCGGACACGGCUAGCAGAGGCUGAAGAAAUGGCCCGCACUGCUGAGAGGCAGAAGAAUCAGCUACAGCGUCUGCUUCAGGAAUUUCGAAGACGUUUGACUCCCUUACAGCAAGAGAUGCAGCGGAUGGCAGAGAAGGCUGACAGCUGGGGAGAGAAGGAGGAACCAGCACCUAGCAACUGAGGCCGAAGGGCACUGCACAGCAACUGCCACCCUGUGAGCUCAGCGAUGGAGUGACUGAUGAAGUUAGAUCCUCUCAGCACCAGAAAGCAGCUGGAGCAGGGCCUGGAAACACAGGCAGGGGAGGCUGACAGUGCUCAGCAUCUCCAAGGCAAAUGGAGGGGGAGGGGCCUGGGCCAUGAGGAGAAGAACAGGGACUGGUUCUCGGCCUAUCAGAGCAGGGAGGGACCCAAUUUACACCCACCACUAAUACAGUAUCUUUCCUUCUCACUCCUGAAAUAUUGCUUCUCCCUCUAUUGUGGUUCCUCCUGGAGCCCUUUUAAACUUGUGCUUCCUCAUAUCCUCCCAGUGUAGAAUGAGACAAAGGAAGGGAGGGGAAGACAUCUUGAGAACCUGUGACCAGGCCUAACACCAACAGACUUUCUGGAGAAAGAGUCAGGGAGUCCAGUUGUGGGCAAUGGAUCCUUGAUCUGGUCAAGCUGUUGAGCUGUAGGGGGCAGAUCCUCAGAAGAAAGGGGCUCAUGGCUCCUGCAAUAAGGAAUAGAGCCAGCAGCAGGGGCCACUUUGUAUCUAGGACUACUUGUCUGUAGUCCUGCACUCUGCCAACUCCAGAUGAGAUCUCUUGUGAGGUGAAAGCCGUUCCUUUCUCUUCUGCUCUUUGUUCAGAAUGUGGUAAUGGCUUGGGCCUGGUAGGUCAAGCCUUUCUCUGUUACCUUUGUAAUUCUCACCUCUUUCCAUAACCCACAGUUCCAGUUUGACUUUGUAUAUAAACAGUUGUCCUUUUUUGGCUUUUUGUUUUUUAAAUAAACCAAAGUCAAAAACA